AUGGUUGCCCUUGAUGACGCAGAAGAAACGUUACGAUCAACGAGGACAAAGGCCAAUUCUCAGCGUUUAACACGGCUUCUGAUGAGCGGCGGUGCAGUGCUUUUAAGAGAGAUAUUCGACUCUUAUCACAGUCCUGCCAGCCUUCCCACAAUUCUCAGUAAGCCUUCAGUAGAAAGGCAGCUCAAAACAGCAAGGCUUACCGGUCCCGACUGGAAAUGUUUGUGUCCUUCCCCAGGGGUAUACGGAAAGUCGAGUGAUUUUGACAUUAGUUUAACCUUCAGAUUGUUACGAACAAUAUGCCCACUUACUCCUCCCCUCACAGGAUGGGACAGCCUGCCAAACGACUAA